AUGGAUUCAAAUGAAUUUAAAGAAGAAUAUAAGUUAAUUGAUAAAUUUACAGAAUUUUCUUUACUUCCAGAAAGUUUCUUUAAUGAUUAUUUAGGUUUAAUAUUUUUUGCCUAUGGAUUGGAAGUUGAUGAAAUAGUAAAGAGAGUUGAGAAAAGAAUUAAAACAAUUACUAUUAACUCACAAAAACUUUCAAAAAUAUCACCAGAUGAUAAUAUUAAAAUAGAAGCAGGGCGUGUUAUUAAAAAGUUUGUUAAGUUAUUAUAUAACUGCAUCGAUUACUAUUUUUGUAAAAAGAAAGGUGAUGAUACUAAGUUAGAUGAUUUAUAUAACAAACAAACUCGAUUAUUGAAUGAAUUAAAAGAGACUAAUGAAUUGUUUAAUGAAAACAACAAGAAUGUUGUUUAUUUUUAUAGUCUUAGUGAUAAAAAUGAUUUAGAUAUUGAAGUUAAAUUAAGACACAUGAUAGACUUUGUAGAAAAGUAUGUACAUCCAAUUGAAUUACCUAGAUUUUAUUUUAAAAUUAUAGAAACACUAAUUAAUCAUUCGGUCACUUAUUACAACAUACACAAAAAUUUUAUUGAUGUUAAAUAA